AUGGCUUCAACGGAGAUGGAGAAGCAGCUUUUCCUCGCCGGCGUCGUCUUUAUAGCCCUGCUGAUAACAGGUAUGGCUGUUCUCUCUCACUCCCCGCCGACUGCGACCGACUGCGACCGCCUCCUCCCCCCUGUGAUCUUCGUGACGCCGUAUGCGUCAAGUAAUUCGUCUGUGAUGAAUGCCCGGAAGGCGCGGAUGUAGGCGGCGCCGCCAGCGACCGGCGGCUCCGGGGGGAGAUGGCCCACCCGCCGCAGAAGCUGUUCGUGUUCGGAGACUCCUACGCCGACACGGGCAACAUCGCCAAGUUAUUCUCGCCCUCCUGGAAGCCGCCGUACGGCAUUACCUUCCCCAAGAAGCCCUUCGGCCGCUUCUCCGACGGCCGGGUCCUCACCGACUACAUCGGUGAGCCCUUCCUUCCCUCUUCCUCACUCUCUUCUCCUCUGUCUGGAGGAAUGCCCUCUCUUUUGAAAAUACCCUCUCUCUCUCUGUCUCUCUUAAAGAGUGCAUGGCGGUAACACGCCGGGACCCAAGGAGAGGAGAGAGAAUCAUCGCCUUGCGUGGUUGGGGUGGGGGGCCCUCCAUGACCAUGAUGCUCCACCUACUGCCACAGCGCACUUAUCCAUCCUUUCCCCUCCUUUCUGCACGGCUCUUAAUGAUUUCUCUUCAUGCCGCCCCCUCCCCCCCCCCAUCUCUCCUUUCGUAAAAGCUUCACCAAACCCUACUUUCUUUCACCCUCCCCCCCCUCCAUAUCUUCAUAUGGUCGGAACCAUGUUCUUGUUAGGUGGGUGCCCUUGUUUGAGUUUUUUAAUGGCGGCUGACUCGGGUUUACUCGGUUUUACUCGUCUUGGCAGCUUCUUUUCUGGGAAUCAGGUCCCCGAUUCCUUACAAGUACAGGAAAUUCGGCAAGAAGCUCCUCCCCUACGGCAUGAACUUCGCCGUCGGCGGCACCGGAGUCUUUGACACCGGGAACUUCCAGAGAAACCUCUCUCUCCAGAUCGACAACUUCUUCGACCAGCUGAAGGAGGGCGUCUUCCCCGGCCCCGACCUCGGGCGGUCGACGGCAGUCGUCUCCAUCGCCGGCAACGACUACCUCUACUUCCAGAACAACGGCGGCAGCUCGGAGGUGAGCUAGAUUUUUAUGGCAAUUCAUUCCAGUCCACUCUCUCUCUCUCUCUCUCUCGCUCGUUGUCAGAAUCGCCCGCCAAUGCAGGCAGUGGUGUAGGUAGAGGAUGAAAACCCAGCCAACCUCCAGCCAUUUAUUGCACCGACGACCUGAGAAAACCGUAACGAAAUAUUAAUGCUCCGCUCACAAGUGCGGCCAAUUCUCUCUCUCUCUCUCUCUCUCUGACUGCCUGUUUGAGAGCAGCAGCCCUGGAUUUUCCGUCAACAUUGUAUUGAACGAGGACGUUAAACGGGGAGCUCUUCUCCGCAGGGUCUGAAGGGUUUCAUCCCGAAAGUGAUCCGGCAGCUGGCUUUAGAUCUCAGGAAGAUCCGCAGGCUUGGCGUGGCUAAGGUAGCGGUGACGAACCUGCAUCCAAUCGGCUGCAUCCCAUCGAUAGCGAGCUCCUUCUCCUACCGAAAAUGCAACGAGACGACGAAUCUCGCCGUGAUGUACCACAACGGGCUGCUCGCCGAGGCGGUAGCGGAGCUGAACAAGAACCCCGGCGGCGCCGCCGAGCCCUUCGUCAUUAUCGACCUCUUCAGCGCUUUCAAAUCGGUGCUGAUCCGAGGCAAGCCACCGCCCCUCCUCAAACGUCCACGUCUAAAUUAUCCUUUCCUCCUCGGCGUUCUCACUCCCCUCCUUUCUUUCUUCCCCGUCUCCGGCAGAUAUGAUGAACUCCAGCGAGGCGCUGAGGCCCUGCUGCGAGGCGGCGAACGGCGGCUUCGGAUGCGGCAGCACCGACGAGAACGGAGCUCCCAAGUACACAGUUUGCAAGGAUCCUGGCUCCAAGUUCUACUGGGACUCCGUCCACCCCUCGCAGGCGGGCUGGGCCGCCGUCGUCUCAUUUCUGGGGAAUUCCCUCCGCAGCCUUCUGCCCUAA